AUGGGAAUAAGAAGGCAAGCAGAAAAGAGAGAAGAGGCUGUGGCAUUGGCAAUAGACAAGGAUAGAGGAAGUGAAUAUGCUAUCAAAUGGAUUGCCGAACAUCUUCUCACCAGGCCUGGCCAAUCCCUCACUUUGGUCCAUGUUAAGCAACCAACUGCUGCUCCUGCCCUUCCCAACAAAUCUAAAAGUGGAGAACUGCCGAGGGAGGUUGCAAAGAUGAACAAAUACCAAGUUGAUGCUGAAGCCAAAGACUUAAUCCUCCCAUUCCGUUGCUUUUGCACCAAAAAGGCUAUUCAUUGGAAUGAAGUCAUACUGGAGAAUGCUGAUAUAUCAAAAGCACUAAUCAACUUCGUCACGGCUAAUUCAAUUGAGAUUUUGGUACUUGGUGCACCAUCAAGAAACACCUUUGGAUUUCUCAGAGGAAAGAUAACACAUUCGCGACCGGCUACAGGCCGUCUAACCCCAAAGCCUCCCCUGCAUAAUCAAGUACAGCAGCAACCAAGCCAAGUUUAUGGUUCAAAUGAUACACAACACAUGCUGCACAACCUGCAGUCCAGAGAAUCAGAGAAAACACAAUCUUCAACCCGUAGCAAGCUAAACAACAUUAAACUCAAGCCACCAUUAACAAGAGCAAUACCUAUAAUAGACAAAUCAUAUGAGGCCUUGCCAGAGAGUGAUAGGUUGUCGGUGAGCAGUGAAAGGCCAAGCACGGAUCUCAUGUCAAAUUUUCCUAGUAUGGCAUCAAGAAUGACCUAUCAAAGUUCAAUCAGCUCAGAGUUAGACAACAGAAGCUCUACGUCAUCUCACUCCGGAAUCAAGUUUAUUGACAUGAGCUCUGGACGGAAUGAAUUCUCAUCGUCCUCAAUUGAAAGUGGAAGAUCAUGGUCAUCAACAAGCAGGGAUGAAAUGGAGAAUGAGAUGCGGAGGCUCAGGCUAGAGCUCAAGCAAACAAUGGAGAUGUACAGUAUGGCCUGCAAGGAGGCAGUUACAGCAAAACAUAAGGAAAAGGAAUUUCACCAAUGGAAAUUGAAAGGAGAGUGUAGAAUAGAAGAGGCGCGACAAGCUGAGGAAUCUGCAUUUGCACUUGCACAGAAGGAGAAACUAAAAAGUAGGGCAGCCAUAGAGGCAGCAAAAGCAGCUGAAAGGAUUGCACAACUGGAAACAGAAAAAAGGAGGAAAGCAGAAAUGAAAGCUCUUAGAAAAUAUGAAGGGAGGAAGAAAUCACUAGACGGUCUCAGGUACAGGAAAUACACAAUUGAAGAUAUUGAAGCGGCAACAAAUGAAUUUUCCCCAGCUCGCAAGAUUGGGGAAGGAGGCUAUGGUCCAGUAUUCAGAGGUGAACUGGACCAUACGCCAGUGGCAAUAAAAGUUCUGCGUCCAGAUGCAGCCCAAGGACGGUCACAGUUCCAGAAAGAGGUUGAAGUAUUGAGCCGCAUUAGGCAUCCAAACAUGGUUCUCCUUGUCGGAGCCUGCCCAGAGUAUGGUUGUCUGGUCUAUGAGUACAUGGCUAAAGGGAGCUUAGAAGACCGUCUCUUCCAGCGAGGCAACACCCCAGUGAUUCCUUGGCAGCUAAGGUUCAGAAUUGCUGCAGAAAUUGGGACUGGACUUUUGUUUCUUCAUCAAACCAAGCCCGAACCAGUUGUGCACCGGGACCUAAAACCUGGCAACAUUUUACUAGACCACAACUAUGUGAGCAAGAUCAGUGAUGUAGGUUUGGCCAGGCUUGUCCCUGCAUCAGUAGCCAACUGUGUCUCUCAAUACCGCACAACAUCAAUGGCUGGAACGUUCUGUUACAUCGACCCAGAGUAUCAAACAACCGGCAUGCUUGGAACAAAAUCUGAUAUAUUUUCACUCGGGGUGCUGCUCCUGCAACUAAUAACAGCCAGGCCACCAAUGGGUUUGGCUCACCUUGUUGAGGAGGCCAUUGAGAAUGGGACCUUCACUGAGAUGCUUGACCCUGCAGUUUCUGACUGGCCUGUUGAGGAAGCCUUCAAAUUUGCCAAGCUAGCUUUACAGUGCACUGAAAUGCGGAGAAAAGACAGGCCGGAUCUUGCGAAGGUUGUGCUCCCUGAGCUUAACAGAUUGAGAGAAAUCGCUGAAGAUUGCAUGAAUCCCUUCAUGAUUGGGGGUAAUGGAGCACUCUCACCAAUACAUGAUGUGAUGUCUGAUCGCCAUCUUUCGGAAUAUGGAUAUGAUAGCCCAAGGAGCCCUUCAAGCACAUCAUCUUAUGCAGGGAGAUUAUACCGCUAG